ACAAACGUUACAAAGGUGUUCAUUUUUUAUGUUCUUGAGAUAGAGGAAGAUAUGGAGACAACAAAUGGAAGUUCGGAUUCGGCAUUGCAAAAGAUGAAUACGCUGGAGAACGGGGAGGAGACGACGGAGCAGAAGACCAUGAUGAAAAUAUGGAUAGCAGUCGACGAGAGUGAUGGGAGUUUCUAUGCUCUUGAAUGGGCUCUUCAACAUCUUUUCCUCCAACAUGACGCCACAAAUGCCAAUAAGGAGCCCCCUUUCACGGUUACAGUGGUUCACGUCCAACCUCCCUUUCAACCAACUUACACUGCCCUCCCCGUUGGUCCUGUACUAUUUGCAACAUCUGGGAUGAAAGAAUCGGUGGCGAAAGCAGAGGAAGAAAGUGCUGCUAAAAUCCUUGCCCGUGCCUCAGAGUUAUGCGACCAACACAAGAUAAAAGCGGAGUAUCUGGUGUUAAAAGGGAACCCAAAGGAAAUACUGAUUGAAGCUGUAGAGCAAAUGGAUGUUGAUCUUCUGGUUGUUGGCAGCAGGGGCCUUGGUCAGAUCAAGAGGGCUGUGCUUGGAAGCAUAAGUGAUCACUGUGCACAUCAUGCAAAAUGUCCUGUCCUCAUUGUUCGUCCCCAGAAGGCAUCACAAAACUAAAUCUCGACAACUGCUUGUGACCAACGGGUCGUAUAAGCAAGUUUGAUGAUCAUUAUGUUAUAAUAUUAUGUGUUGUAAACCACGUAUAGCGUUGUGGUUGUAUAUGUGUGCUUUGUAAUCAUGUUGUUGUCGAGUUUAUGUAUCUUGUAAACGAGUUGAUAUGUUCAAAUAUUUGAAUUUUAAGUUAAUGGUAACGUAAAUUAUUCAUAGUA